AUGGCCUUGGUUCAAAAGUUCGACAAAAGCACAUGGCUGAAGUACUUCGUCAUUUUCGCCAGUCUUCUCGACUGGGACGAGGUGUUCAAUGAACCUUAUGGGCUUGCCUUCUAUUUCGUAGAGGCCAUCUUCACGACCAUGUGGAUUUUCAGGUCUCACAGGCUGUGA